AUGUCUCUCUUCCGCAAUGUCCUCCGUACAACCGCAACCACUAUUCGCCCUAUUCACACAACAACACGCUUGCAGAUGCCAUACAAGCACGACCAGGACCGAGAAUCUCUGCGCCCAGUUGUGAAUGAGAACACAAAGUCAGGAACGGACGAGCAAGUUGCCUCUGAGCACGCAGACAUCGCCUUUGACCCUAACACGACACGGCCCGAGGAAGCUGCCGACAAGACCAGGGAGAGGACCAAAUCCAAGGGUCGAGAGGGAGAAGACGCCCUGAACGCGAGUGGUGCGAACCAAGAGCUUAGCACACCCAUGGGUGAUGAGAAAACGAUCAAGACCAAGGGUGCUGGAGAAGAGAUCUCAAAGGGAGGACCCAGCGGAAGUGGAAGUGCGCCCAAGAAGGGAGAUCUGCCCAAGGCCAAGUAA